UAUACGGCUAUAGACGCCAUGGCUCCCGACGACAAAUCCAGGCUGAAUCCAGGCCACAGCCUCCGCAACCUCGUUCAUGACAACUCUUCAACAUCUCGCUGGCGGCGCAACCGGUCCAGCGCCAACCUCCUCGAACAGGUCGCCCAGUCAGCGCCCGCUCCCGCUCCCGCGAACCCCGCAACUAGCAAACCCGCACCGAAACUCGAGCGCACCGCCUCCAAGAUGUCACUCUUCAACCUCUUCAGCAAGCCAAAAGUGGAAAAGGCGAGAGGACAUACCGAGGUGGGCCUAGCAAUUCCAAUGCAGCCACAGCAACCUCCGAAGCGGCCAGUAUCGCCUCCCAAGUCAUCCCUACGCCACAAUCCUCCCCCGCCGAUUCAGCAAGUUCAACGAAUGCGAUCCAGCCAGAUGCUGCGACCUAUGUCCAUCAAACCGUCAAAUGUGAAGAGACCUCCGGCCAACGAGCACUGGGAGCCACCUCCGCUAUUCCAAGCCUAUCCACAGUCGAUCAAAUAUGCAACCGUGCAAGCAUGCGUGUUCUCUCCAGACGUAUUGCUAAGGACACAAAGCCAGAGGCGGCAGGCUGAGAUGCUCCGAGAAAGAAUGGACAGCCAUCGCGAUCUAGCUGCGACACUGGAGAAUGCAUCAGAGCACAAAAAACUGGAAAAGAACCAUCGGCGCCUGAAUUCCGUUCUGCACUCAACCCCGCAGCUGACCAACAAAGUAUACGUGCUAGUUACUUCUGGAUAUGUGCUGCAGUAUGCUGGCGACGGUCCGUUUGAUCGGCUUCCGGAGAAGGUUCUCAAGCUCGGAAAAGAAUCUGCAGCAUUUGCUUGCGACUUGAUUCCUGGCAAACACUGGGUGUUGCAAAUUUCACAGAGCGCCAAGGAAGAUGGUACUGUUUCCGUCGGACCAAAGAACUCCCUCCUCUCUAGGCUACGGCUGCAGGGGAAUAGCGCGAGGAGGCAGGCGACCAGCUUUCUUCUUGUGCUGGAAAGCGCGGAAGAGAUGGAGACAUGGAUGACGGCAGUGCGAAGGGAGAUUGAGCAUCUUGGAGGAAUGAAGGCAAGCGACGAAUCGAUAAGGACGUCAUCUUCUAUCGACGAGCCACAGGAGAAGAAAACACCAGAGCAACCUAUUCAUCGAUACCUCGUUCAGCGCGACCCGAACCGCAUAAGUAAAAUGACGCCGAUCGACUCCCCCCUUCAGUCUCAAUAUUCAGAUUCACCCAAAAUUGUCGCCUCAGACUGGGAAGGGGACCGGAGCGAAAAGACAAUAAGCAUUGCAGAUACUACGAGCUUGCACUCCGCAAGGCACAGCACGAAACGCAGAUCCGUCGAAGUAUCUUCUAUUGCAACGACUGCGAUUUCUCACGAGCAAAUUCAGUUGGACCAGCUCCGAGAGCGUUCGCGCUUCUCGUACGUAUCCACAGCAACAUCAGUAUCCGGUCCCGGGACUAGGAAUACGUCGCGGACGUCGUCACCAGCCCCAACCUCGCCACUCAAGGAAGGUUUCUCCCCUGCAGAUGCAGAGCCGCUCCGAAGCGCAACGUCCCUCAGGUCGUUUCACAUGAACCCGGGCAACACCACGACUCGUCGAAGAUCCAUGCAACCCCUCCCCAUCACCAAUGAGGACAGCGCUCUAUCCGCCGGCACACCAUCAACACCACAACGUCACUCUAUUUACGGGCCGACAUCCCCUACCCUCCGAGAACCGGGGAAACUGGAACUGAAUUUGAAAGUCUCAACGUAUACAUCAGCAUCCGUCGACCCCCACCCUGCUAAUAAUGUACGACUUAGCACUGAUGUUCAACCCCAAAUUCAAACCCCACUUCCGGCAAGGUACAGCACGAGAAGCUCAAGCGCUCCGCCUUCAAGGAGAGACACAAUUUCGCCGCCACCGCGGGAUCCAGCUCCUUAUCCCCCUGGUCGACCCCAGUCUACCAUUGGAAGUCUUCCCACCGCUGCAGCCCUAUCGAGCCGCGCGGAGCGCCGCAUAUCAGCGACACCAAAACCUUUCCUGCGACCUUUCCCAGUGCGACCGCAGACACAGAAUGCUGACGGAUCCCUUGUCGUUCCACGACGCCAGUCUUCCCUUAUGCCUGCGGGACCCACGCCUCUCCCUCUCAAUAUUGUCGUCAAUCGCUCCGUGACCGCCCCCACUAGGCCUCCCUCUGCUGCGGCAAACAUGCUCCCCCAAUCUCAGCCUACGAACACGUUCCAAAGUAGCAACUCCUCAUCCCAGCAGCUGCGUCGUCCGACGUCAGUCCAGAUCCGCUCUGACCAUGCCCCUUUCCUCUCAUCGUCUCGACCCGUUCGCUAUUCCAGCACGCCGUCUUUCGUCCCUGGCAAGAGGGCGUCGGUAGUGCCUACCUCGAACUUGCGGCAGAGCCCGAGCAUGACUGCUCUGAGCCAGCACCCGCAACAAACCUCCCCUCCAAAGGGCGUGGGUCCACGACGAAGUAUGCCGGUCAUUGGACUUCCUCCGCCCGCUCCUCCACCAGACAUGCCCCUACCGCCUCCACCUCCG